AUGGAUGAGGACGAGGACACAGUGAUGGCUAACUCCCAUUCUCUUCCUUCCCGCACAUCCAUCACCCAAGUUCCUCCUCCCAAUCUGAGCAAUCACCCUCACCCCAACUUUACACCUUUCAUCCCUCCAACAUCUGCAUCUCCAGAUUCUUUAGCAGGUAUGGCUCGCCGAAAGCCCGGUGACGGUGAUAGCAUAUCCACCGAUGAAGCAAAGCGUGACAGCCCAGCCGAAGUCAACUCAGACUGGUCUGGUUCCGAUGAGGAGCUUACUCUUCGAGGAGGUUUGCCAGUGGCAUCACUAGCCACUGGUCUAUGUUAUGAUCACCGCAUGCGCUGGCACUGUGAAGUUCAUCCAAAGAGCGAUGUCCACCCAGAAGAUCCCAGGCGCAUCUACUACAUUUACAAAGAGCUUUGCCGCGCCGGUCUUGUCGAUGACGAAGAGUCAUCUCAGCCGUUGGCACCGCGAGCUCUGCAACGUAUUGCUGCCCGUUAUGCGGUCGAAGAUGAGAUCACUCUCAUUCACACCGAUGCACACUACGCCUUUGUGCACAGCACCAAAGGUAAGUACCGCGUAGGAAAACCGCGAUUCCAUCUACUUCAACAAACUGACCUUUUCGACGGCUCUCUUAUCUGCCGGGGGGCAAUCGAGACUUGCAUGGCUGUUGCUCAACGCCAGGUCAAGAAUGCCAUCGCUGUAAUUCGUCCGCCGGGUCAUCACGCUGAGGAUGAUGCCGCUAUGGGAUUUUGUCUUUUCAACAAUGUCUCGGUCGCGGCGCGUGUUUGCCAGCGGAAGCUUGGAGAUGCUUGUCGAAAGAUUAUGAUUCUUGAUUGGGAUGUUCAUCAUGGAAAUGGCAUCCAAAAAGCCUUUUAUGACGACCCUAAUGUUCUUUACAUCUCUCUCCAUGUUCACCAAGAUGGUCGUUUCUACCCCGGUGGUCCCGCUGGAGACUGGGAUCAGUGUGGCUCUGGUCCUGGAACUGGAAGAAAUGUCAACAUUCCCUGGCCUGAUCAGGGCAUGGGUGAUGCGGACUACAUGUUUGCUUUCCAGGAAGUAGUCAUGCCCAUUGCUCAGGAAUUCGAUCCCGACUUGGUGAUUGUUGCUGCUGGAUUCGACGCUGCAGCCGGCGAUGUACUUGGUGGUUGCUUUGUCUCUCCAUCUUGUUAUGCACAGAUGACCCACAUGCUCAUGACUCUUUCUCACGGAAAGAUUGCUGUCUGUCUGGAGGGAGGAUAUAAUUUCAAGUCCAUCUCAAAGUCGGCGUUGGCAGUGACCAAGACACUCAUGGGCGAACCACCGGAACGUUUAGCCAAGAGCUCUCCGACGGAUGCAGCCGUUAACACGGUGCGCCGUGUGCGAAGCAUUCAAUCUCGGUACUGGAGUCGGUUGUACCCCAAGACGAGCUCUCAUGCCAUGUCCGGAGAUCGGCUUCACGAUAUCCUCCGGGUUUACCAAGCGAAUCAGCUUUACGAGUCCUGCAAGCUCACGCCCCUCUUCAUAUAUCGCACAGCCAUUUCGAAAUCAUUUGAUAAGCAGGUCCUGGCGAGUCCGAAUUACACGCAGGAAGUGCCACUCGUUGUCAUCUUCCAUGACCCGCCUGAGAUCAUGGGCGAGGCUCAUCCGGUCACAAAUAAGCUGGAAACCCACAAUGUCUGGAUGGCUGAUUCAUUGAAGGAUUACAUCGCCUGGAUUGUUGGUAAAGGGUACGCUGUAAUCGAUGUUAACAUUCCCAAGCACAUAUCGAAAGAGAUUCCGUCUGGUCGAUACGAGCCAGAAGAUUUUGAUCGUCCAACUGCGACUGAGGAGCUGGCUGCAUACCUGUGGGACAACUACAUCGAUGCUAACCAGGCCACUGAUAUUUUCCUUCUCGGCGUGGGCAAUGCAUUCUACGGCGUCGCGAAUCUUUUGAUCAACAGGGAAAAUCUGUACAAGCGAGUCAACGGUGUCAUCUCUUUUGUGGCCGAGAACCCAAUCCGCGCAAUCAAAUCAAGUACCCAGACCUGGUUGUCCAAAUGGUACAGAGAGAACUCUAUCGUCUUCGUUGCAGAAUCGCACGGCCUUUGGUCAAGCGCAGACAGACGUCAUUCUAAACGAUAUGGCCAACUGGUGCAUUCUCCCAAGUCCGAUCUGAGUGGCAUGCUAGCCGAGCAUAAGGAGCAGGUCUACCAGUGGAUUUCCGACCGAGCCGACACUCACGAGAGCGAUGAAGCCGAGUGA